AUGCCUAAAAAGUCACUUAAACCACAGAAGAGUAAUUCUUCUGAAGGCACAACCCGUGUGUUUUCAGUAGACGACGAUGCAGAAGAAUUGGAGCGUGAUUAUCAUUAUUUAGAGGGAGUUAAGGAUGGGUUGAAACUAAAACGGGCUGCAGCGUCCUCGCCUCGGCGCGAGCCCACCUUGCAUCGAAUGGGGUCGAGGUUUAGCAUUAGUGAGGAAAAUGAUCGAAUUGUGGUUCACGAUGGAAGCCGGCAUCUGGUGUUGCAAGAGGAGCUGAAAAAGGAUCGUUUGGGGCCUGGCUGCUUGCUUGAGGCAGACGAAUUAGACGAAGGUAUUCCGACAAAAUCGGGUUCACCAGUGCCUGCUGGAGUUGAUGCGGAGCAUGUUCGUUUAAAUAAUGGCACCGGGAGAUUCCAGGAUGAUGACGAUGACGAAAAUCCUUUGGACACUCUUAUUGUCGAUGAAGACGAUGAGGAUGCGGACAAUGCCAAUGAAGACCCUGGUGCUAGACUCGAUCAACGUUUGAAUGAUGAUGCAGAAAGGGGAAGUAUAAGCUCUGUUGAGUCAUAUACGUUGAGAGAAAGGCAAGAUGCCAUUAAUAAGACACAUCCCUUUGGUAUCAGAAUCUGGAAACCUGCUUUGUACAAAAAAAAGAGAUCGGUACAACAAGCAGCUGACGAAGACAUUCACGAAACGAAAUUCCGGAACAUCACACUGGGAGUUCAGAUCACAAAUUUGUUAUGGUCUCUAACAGCUGGUUUGUUGUUGUUUGUACUUUUCUCAUUUGCAUCUGUAAUGGUCCUUGUCUUCGGUGGAUUCACUACGUCGGCAUUCGAUUAUUCCGUGGUCUUUUACAAAUUGGGCAGAUACCUUUUAUCACCAUUUGGGAAAAUUGUUUUCAUGAAGUCCGAUGUACAAUAUUUAGAAGAAGAUCAAGACGAGGGCAUAAGUGCACAAUUAUUUUACAAAUGGAUCACUACCUACAGCAACCGUUUGUUUUUCCAUGAAUCCCAGACAAUUAAUGACAGUAAUUCUAAUAACAACAGUAAUAACAAUAACAAUAAUAGCAAUAAUAAUGACAGCACAAAAAAUCCUGAUGAUAUUAAUAACAACAAUAACACUAGGCUUUUUAAUGCUAGCAUGACAUCGAAUGGCAAUGCUUCAAUAGAACCUGCGACAACCAAUGCUGGAAGUAGUUUGAAUCACUUUAGACAAAAUUCUUAUGGAUCCAUUCUUCAUAGAAAUAGUCCUCCAGAGAAUUCAAGCGAUGAAGAAAAUGCGCACCUGCAUAGAAGACUAUUUGGUCGUGGUGAAUGGUCAAUCGGUAGAAUUAUCUUCUACUUUAUGUUCUACACUUUCAUCCAACCAAUUGUUAUGUUACUAUCGCUUUUAGCAUGGUUGUGUGUUUUCACUAUUCCAAUGAGUAAUAUUUUAUGGAACUUAAUGUAUCAUUGUAGAAAACAUCCCCUGGCAUUAGGAAUAAUUGAUGUAAAGAGUGCAACAUCUGUUGUUGCAACUACCCCCAUCGAAGAGAUUAAGGGUCAAAACGUCUUGUUGUGUACGUUUCGUUGUGCUGGUUUGCAUUACUACAAAUUUACAGUGGAUGGUACUAAUGUAAUCGUUAUGAACUUGAUAGCAUUGGUAAUGUUUACAAUAUUCGACUUUUAUGCAAUAAAAAACUUUUGGCAUAUAGAUUCAUGGUUCACAAAUGAAUCUACCAUAUUUAUGCUCUGUUUGCUGUCAAUUAUACCUUUGGCAUUUUAUAUUGGACAGGCAGUUGCUUCUAUUUCAGCGCAAAGUUCUAUGGGGGUUGCUGCUGUCAUUAACGCAUUCUUCUCAACUAUUGUGGAGAUAUUUUUAUACUGUGUGGCUAUUCAGCAGAGGAAAGGUUUACUAGUUGAGGGUUCAUUGAUUGGUUCAAUUUUGGCAGCUGUAUUACUAUUACCCGGUAUGUCUAUGUGUGGCGGUGCUAUCAAUAGGAAGACGCAAAGGUAUAAUCCUGCAAGUGCAGGCGUUUCUUCAGCGAUGUUAAUUUUUUCAAUGAUGGUGAUGUUCAUUCCAACCGUGUUGUAUGAAAUAUAUGGUGAAUGGGAAAUGCGAUGUGACAAAUCGGGAAAUAAGUGUCAUUUUUCUCAACCACAAUUAAAAUUUGACAAGAUGUACCAAAAUGUGCUUGCUCCCAUUGCAUUGUUCUGUGCAAUUGUCCUAUUUCUUCAGUAUAUUGUAGGAAUGUGGUUCACGUUAAGAACGCAUGCUAAACUAAUUUGGGAGUUGCCAAUCACCGAAACUAAAGAAAACACUGGCAAUUCUUCGGCAAAUGCUACUGCAGCUACUACCGCUACUGCUAAUAAUACUGCAAACCUAUCCAUGAGUCAAUCCUCAUUUGGACCAAUAAAUCAAACGUCAUCAAAUAAUAACAGGGAUGCUAGUGUUCCGGCAGGCGCCAACAUUGCAGGCAAAGCUAAUGAUAAUUGCGGUCACAGUAACGGGCACGACGCUCCAAAUUGGUCAAAAUCAAAGUCAGCAUGUAUAUUAUUGGGUGCUACUUUCUUAUAUGCAGUGAUUGCAGAGAUACUAGUGGAUUGUGUUGAUCACGUUCUUGAACAAUAUCCUAUUAAUCCUAAAUUCCUCGGAUUAACUAUUUUUGCAUUGAUUCCAAACACAACUGAAUUUUUGAACGCUAUAUCCUUUGCUAUGAAUGGAAACGUUGCACUUUCAAUGGAAAUCGGUAGUGCAUAUGCUCUUCAAGUUUGUUUGUUACAGAUUCCUGCUUUGGUCAUUUUCUCCAUGCUAUACGUAUGGAAUAAAGAUUUAACUAAGAUUAACAUUAGGGAGAGCAUGUUCGCCUUGAUAUUCCCCAGAUGGGAUUUGAUUGCGUCCGUCGCUUCUGUGUUUUUAUUCACAUACUUGUACGCAGAAGGUAAAUCCAAUUAUUUCAAAGGAAGUAUACUAAUAUUACUCUACCUUGUGGUAAUGUUUGGCUUCUAUUUCCAAGGGGUUAUAGAUAAUGGUUUUUGGGACGAAAUGUUACAGAUAUUUUGA